AGCUCAAUACAGGAAGUUUGUUUUAAACCACAUCUUGUUUCUCUUCUCUUCAAGCACAGAAAGCGUUAAGCUGUCUGUGGUUUCAUUGUCUGUGUGACUCUUGUACCGGUAACUUCACUUCCAUUGUGAGCGUUUACAGAUCAGAUCAGACAUCUGAGAGCAUGUUAUGGCGUGGUUGACCCUCCUUCUUGUCAUCUGUUUUCAGAUAUUAAAUACACAAUGUCAGGCCAAUGAAAAAGCGUCUCUAAGGUUUGCUGGGAUUGGAGAUUGGGGUGGACUUCCCUUUUACCCCUACUACACUUCACAUGAAAGUGACACAGCGGAUGAACUGGGCAGAAUUGCUGAGAGCUUAGGCCUGGACUUUGUCCUCAGCUUGGGAGAUCAUUUCUACUACAGCGGUGUCAAAAAUGUCGAUGACAGUCGCUUUAAGUCUACCUAUGAGAAUGUUUUCUCUCAUCCGGCUCUCAUCGCUGUGCCUUGGUACCUUGUAGCCGGAAAUCAUGAUCACCGUGGAAACGUGUCAGCCCAGAUCGCCUACUCCAACAGAUCUGAAAGAUGGAUUUACCCUGAUCUCUACUAUGAAUUGAACUUCAAGAUUCCUCAUAGUAACACUUCCAUCACGAUUCUGAUGAUUGAUACUGUGGUUUUGUGUGGGAAUACCUAUGAUAAACUUCAUCCAGUAGGUCCAGAGGACUAUGCUGCUGCCAAAAAGGAGCUGAAGUGGAUCGAGGAGAAACUUCAAAGCACCAAGUCUGAAUUUGUCAUUGUGGCCGGUCACUAUCCGGUUUGGUCAAUUGGGCAUCACGGACCAACCAAGUGUCUGGUAUCAUAUCUCCGGCCCUUAUUAAAGAAGUACAGUGUCUCCUUAUAUCUGUGUGGUCAUGACCACAGCUUGCAGUUUAUCAGAGAAGAUGAUGGAAGUUCAUAUGUGGUUAGUGGAACUGGAAUUGCUGAAGAUAUCGCUACCGACCACAAGAACAGCUUUCCAUCAUCCUGGCAGCUCUUCUCCAACGCUGUCAAUAAGACCACAGGAUCGUUUGUGUACUUUGAGGUCUAUACAAGUGAAAUGCUUAUAAGUUAUAUUCAGCCAGAUGGGAAAUGUGUUUAUCAGACAUCAAUCUCUAAACGUCAACUGUGACAUCAUUCAUGAUGGUUGGUUUAGUGCAGGCAGGGUAAUGUUUGUGAUUUUAUUGUUAAGAAUGUUGAUGUUGAUUUUGUUUUAUUUUGGAAACAUGUGCUUUUUGGUGUUUUGAAGAAUCAAAGAGAUAGGGCUGGGUAUCGAUUCAGAUGUUCCAGAUCGAUUCAAUUUCGAUUCACAAGCUAUCAAAUCGAUUCGAUUCCGAUUCUCGAUUCAAUUUUCGAUUCCGGUUCUCGGGAUGCUUCCAUACCUCUUACUUUUUUAUGUUUAGGUGGCAUCAACGUCCAUGAAGCACCUAAAACCGCCAUUUUAAGCACUGAAUGAAAGAAUGACAGGCUCCUUGGUAACAUCGCGCAAGGCAAAAAAGAGGGUGACAUCUAGUGAAGAAGACUAGUAAUUUGGUUAACGUUAAUCUUACGUUCAUUUUUUGCAGGGAAAAAAAUCGAUUCUGCUCUUUGAGAAUCGAUUCUGAAUCGACCACGUAUAAAAAAACGAUUAAUCGAAAACUCGAUUUUUUUGCCCAGCCCUACAAAGAGACUACCAUACUACCAAUAGUAUUUACAUAAUAAAUCUGAUUCUUCUGUUAGCAAAAUUUCUUAUUCACAAAUGUACAUUUUCUGGACAAAAACCCUGUUUUAUAUCAUUUAAACCCAUACGGCAAAAAAAUUAAAUUCCUCUGUCCAGAAAUAUAUUUUAAAUAUAUUCCAAAUAAAUUUUAUAGAAUGUAAUUCUCAACUGAAUAUAUUUUUGAAUUUGGAAAUAUAUUUAGUUUUAACCUUCAUAUAUCAAAAAUAUUUUUUGCCUAAAUAUAAUUUAAAUAUAUGCUUAAUACAUGUACAUUUUAUAAAGUAUAUUUUUGAAGUUGAAAAUAUAUUUAAUUUUAACAUUUUUAAAACCUUUUUUAAAACAGGUUCGUAACAUAAACAAAGUUUUUCUUCCAAUGCGACAUGAAUGCAUUUCCUUGGAUUGAAAUAUAUGAAGGACUAAAAAUAUUUUGAAUGCUUAAAAAUGUAUUUACUUUUAAAAUAUAUUUCAAAAUAUACAAAAAAUGUCCAAACAAUAUAUUAUUGAAAAAUAUAUUUUUGUAAAUAUAUUCCAAAAUAUAUUUCAGCAAAUAUUAAAAUUUUUUGGCCAUUUUUUGUAUAUUUUGAAAUAUAUUUUAAAAUGUAUUUUUUGCCAUAUGGGAAAAAGAAAUGGAAAUUUAUAUUGAUUCUAGAAGAUGCUCUUUAAAGCAAAAGUCACUGAAAACUUUGAAAAUGUGUACUUUAUUAAAUAUUUUAUUGUAACCCCCCUAGCAUAUUUUGUAUUUGUAUGGUUUCUGUCAAGCUUUGUAAUAGUUGUAUGUUGCUAAAAAAAGUUGUAUGUUGGUAAUUCAAUAAAAAAAUUAGUGCAGGCAGGGUUUCCGGGUUCGCGCCCCUGGUGGUUUGCGAAGGAAUUGCAGGUGAUUCGUGAAAUGAUUAAAAACAUUUAAUUAAUUAAAUAUAAUUUAUAAUUACGUAAUACAAUGUAAAUAAAUAAUUUUAAAAUAAAUAAAACUUUAGUAAUAAAAUGAUAUAUUUUAUUUGUUCAAUCUGCAUGUCAUGUGACACUUACGUAACUAUGUAACGUAACCCUUGAAAUGAAAGAAAAAAAUUAUAUAAAAUACUACUGAUAACAACUUUUUUACGGAUGAAAAAUAAAUUUUAACUUGUUAAACUUG